AUGCUCCCAGUAACCAGACAAAUAUCUUCAGCUUUCGGCUUGAAAAACUGCAAACUGACAAUAAUGAGAGUCCAGUUGUUACGUCAACUUGACAGAUGGUGUCGGUCAAUGGAAAGUUCUAUGGGAUCUGCUCUGAUGCACACCACAGCACACCUACAUCUGAACACACAGCAGUCUCCCAACAGGGUAUUUGAUGGCAAGUCAGAUUUGACCCGUUUUCUGAUUGAGGUUGGUACUGACCCUAAGGAGGCUCGUUAUUGGAUGAAAACUUUCCUAGCAACUUCGGAGCCAUCAGAAGUGUUUAUGGUAGUGAGCCUAGACAAUGAGGUGAUGGAGAGCCAUGCUCAGCUGGACACUUUUGCUUCAACUAUUUCAUUCUUGUACAGAAACGGCUUGUCUCCCCUGAUUGUGUGUGGAAGCCGAGCAGACCACCCAUUUAAGGUCAUGAAGGAAAUGUGCAUAUGGAAUGCUGUCAAACUGAGUGACAUGAUAGAACAGCAUGGCACCUACACUCGGCUGUUGUACCCUGGCUGUGGGCUGAUCUACAGCAAAGACAAUGAUCCAACAGAAUCUUCUGGACUAGCCAUCAGCACCGACCUCAUCACUCGCAGUUUGUCCACCAAACAUUUGCCCAUUUUGUUGAGUUUUGGAGAGACACCUACAGGCCAGCUGUUUCCCGUUAAAUCAUGGGACUUGACUUGUCAGAUUUCUCGCAUGUUCCAGCCAAAGAAAGUCAUGCUAGUGAACAGUCGUGCAGGAUUUAUGGACAAACAUGGAAAGGUGAUUGCCAACAUAAACCUGCCCAGUGACCUGGCAACAGCCAGCCAGAAAGAUUGGUGUACUCCAGAAAUUGUGGACACUAUGGCCAGAGUCAACAAACUGCUGACGGAUCUGCCCUCGGAGAGCUCAGUCGUAAUCACGUCAGCAGAUACGUUGUUGAGAGAACUCUUCAGCCAUCGAGGGUCAGGGACAUUUUUUCGAGCUACGGAAGCCAUUCAUAAAUACACCUCUCUCAAAGGUAUCGACUUGGAGCGACUGACAGCCUUAUUGAACAGGGCCCUGGAGCUCACACCAGGAGAAUGUAGCAGGCACAGAUCACAUUGUGUCCUUAGCCUUUGGUUUUUGUGUUGUUUAAUGUGUUGUCUAAUAUUAUCUUACAACCUUUAUUUGUCUUUCAUGGUGGAGAUCAAGGAGACCUAUUUCGAUGACAUUGCUGACCAAAUCCAUGCCAUAUAUUUGUCUGAGACGUACAGUGGUGUGGCUAUUCUUUUGCGAUGUGAGGAACAAGGUGUGCCCUACCUGUGCAAGUUUGCUGUCACUAACAAAGCCCAAGGCCAGGGCACAGGUGAACUCUUGUGGGACACCAUUACCCAAUCAGAAAAGACUUUGUUCUGGCGAUCAAAGAACAUUAACCCAAUUAAUACCUGGUAUGGCAUAGAAGACCCACACCUGUCCUCUGGCUUGAUCCACGAUGCCAUUAGCAGAAAAGAUUCCUUUAAACGCGGAGGUGUCAUCGCUAGUAUCGUCAGUGAUGAUGAGGAAGAGAGAAUGGGAGGCUGA